CCACCACCAAAAAGCUGUGCUGAGUCCCCUGAUUUCAAGAGCAAUCUAGGAACCUUGACGAGAAUGGAGCUUCACAGCUCAGAUAUCGCGAGUUUCAAGAGAGAGCUUCUUCUAUCACUCCUAGUCUUGGUUCUGUCUCUAGCCACUGUGUCCACGACUUCCACUUCGUCUCAGGGAAUCAAUUUCAGCUUCCGGACUUUCAACGACAAUAGUAUUCAACUCCAAGGCGAUGCGUCGGUUUCGAGUGACUCCAUCCGACUUACGGAGGCCGAUCGAGACCAGAACCUCAAUCGGAGCAUGGGGUGGGCCACGUACCGUGAGCCGAUGCACCUUUGGGAUAAGGCAACAGGGAAUGUAGCGGAUUUCACCACCCAAUUCACCUUCGUCAUCAAUUCUCAAGGAGCAUCCAGUUUUGCCGAUGGAUUGACCUUCUUUCUUGUCCCCGAAGGGUCUCAACUUCCGGCAAACUCAUCGGGACGCUACCUCGCUCUUUUAAAUCCCAACCGCGACCCUUCCAAUUCUUCAACUUCUUUUGUAGCUGUCGAGUUCGACACUUUCCACAACAACGAUAUCAAUGCCAGGGACCCGAAUUGUUCCCAAGUUACCCAUGUCGGAAUAGACUUGAAUAAUCUCACUUCCACGGUCUAUAGCUGCAUCGAUUGGUUCAAGGAUAAAAUCAUGAGCGGCGGGCGGAUCAAUGCUACGAUAGCGUACAAUUCUAGCACACAGAACUUGAGCGUUCUUAUGAUAGACGCCGAUGCCAUGGGUACCGACAUAAAUUCCUCCGGUAUCUAUGACAUAGUCAACAUCACCAAGUAUUUGCCGGAGUGGGUGACUUUCGGUUUCUCGGCUACCACGGGUAGGCUGUUUGAGUUGCACACUAUUGAGGCAUGGGAAUUCAGCUCUAAUGUGCAAGUGGCUGGAAAAAAGAGCAAGUUAUGGCUAUGGGCUACCUUAGGCUCAGGUUCUUUCGUUUUGCUCAUUCUUGCUCUAGCCUUUAUUUGGUUUCGUCGCCGUUCGAAGAGAAAGGGAACUUACAUGAGCGAAGAAGAAGAUGAUCUGGCAAUCGAUGAAGAAUUCGAGCAGGUGCCAGGGCCCAAGAAAUUCUACUACAAGGACUUGGUCGCGGCUACUGACAAUUUCGCAAUGGAACGGUUACUUGGGGAAGGAGGCUUUGGGAGAGUGUAUGAAGGUUACUUGACCAGCGUGAAUGCUCAUGUCGCAAUCAAGAAGAUCAGCCCGGGAUCAAGACAAGGGAUAAAGGAGUACGCCACCGAAGUGAAGACCAUAAGCCGGCUCCGGCACAGAAACUUAGUCCAACUCAUCGGAUGGUGCCAUGAGAAGAAGGAACUCCUCCUUAUCUAUGAAUACAUGUCAAACGGUAGUCUCGAUUCUCAUCUAUUCAAAGAACGAACCUUCUUGCCGUGGAAGAAACGGUACAAAAUCGCGCAGGGCACAGCCUCGGCAUUGCUCUACCUUCAUGAAGAAUGGGAACAGUGCGUCGUGCACCGCGAUAUAAAGUCCAGCAAUAUCAUGCUCGAUGAUAAUUUCAAUGCUAAAUUAGGGGACUUUGGUUUGGCUAGGCUAGUCGACCAUGCCAAAGGGUUGCAAACGACGGUGUUGGCCGGAACCAUGGGCUAUAUGGCUCCCGAAUGCGUUUACACGGGCAAGGCGAGUAGGGAAUCGGACGUCUAUAGCUUCGGAGUCGUCCUGUUAGAAAUAGCUUGCGGUAGAAAAGUCAUCGAGCCGAGGGCUGAGGAUGGCCAAGUUCGGCUGGUGGACUGGGUUUGGGAGCUGUACGGGACCGGGAGGAUACUCAAUGCGGCGGAGUCGAAACUUGGUACCGAUUUCGACAAAAAGCAACUGGAGUGCACGAUGGUCGUAGGGCUGUGGUGCGCUCAUCCGGAUCACACUGGCCGUCCUUCCAUUAGAGACGCCUUAAACGUUCUCAACUUCAAUGCCCCGCCGCCCGUUCUCCCAUCGAAAUUGCCGGUCCCUACAUACCAGGCGCCUCGAUCCACAAUGUCUACAGAAUCAAUUGUUCAUGCCACCUCGACCAGCCGCACCGAAGUGUCCACAUUUACUACCUCUUCUAUACAAUCCUCUCAUUUAGCUUCACCUGCAUUGCUCUCAAAUACAAUAUGAAUUCCUCCUUUCCGUGUAAAUUUUUUUCGAUAAUCACUUUCGACGGUAAAUUGCCCUUCAAAAUUUGAUGUCAGAUGUAAUCUGCUUUCAUAUAAUUGCUUCAUGUGUC